CAGAGGCUGUGCGUGGCCAACAGCAGGGCAGAGAGCAGCAAGUUUGCAGUGGCACCGCCGUCCGAGCUUCGUGUAUCGUCAUCGAUUUUCGUCCGUUUCGUCGGGGAAGGAAAACAGUGAAAAUGGCGCUACCGCUCCACAACGAUAUGCUGCUGUACACCACGCAGCACAGUUUCCUGAUCGAACCGAGAGGCAUGAAAGAACAUCUGAUUAUCGAUCGAAUCACCGGAAACGUUACGCUGAACGCCUCGGAAGGCGUGUCACAUCUACCGAUCGAAGGAAGCGACACACGCCCAAUUUGCGGCAUCCUGGGCCUGAUUACGUGCGUUAGCGGACCGUACCUAGUGGCGGUAAAGCACAGGGUACCAAUCGGAUGGCUGGAGAACCAGGAAAUCUAUCGGCUGGCGGGUGUCUACGUGAUACCGUUGCGAGAACCAAGCUUCCAGCAGGAGGUGGACGACAGGCUGUGCACUAGGGCAAUUGAGAGCGUCCUCGCUACGCCCUUCUUCUACUUCUCGUACAGCUACGAUCUAACACAGUCGAUGCAGCGAUGCCGGGAGCUGCGCGGCACGACCAGCAUGUACGAGCGAGCGGAUACACGUUUCGUCUGGAACCAUGCGCUGCUGGAGGAAUGGUAUCGACCGGAGUUUCAACGCUACUGUUUACCGCUGAUGCACGGCUUCAUGUGUAUCAACGGUGCUACAAUCAACGGACAUAAUAUUGGCUGGGCGUUGAUUUCCAGGCGGUCGCGUGAACGCGCCGGCACCCGGUUGUUUACGCGCGGCAUCAAUUCCAGCGGCCAAGUGGCUAACUAUGUUGAAACGGAACAAAUCAUUGCGUGCGGCUCGGAGCGGGUAUCUUUUGUGCAGACGCGCGGUAGCAUUCCACUGUACUGGCAGCAGACACCGAACCUGGCGUACAAACCGGCACCGCAGCUGCUACCGGACGGUGACCAUUUGAUUGCCUGCUCGAAGCACUUCUACGACCAGUGCAGUCGGUACGGACGCCAGGUACUGAUCAAUCUGGUUGACCAGCGCGGGGCGGAAGGCGUGCUGGCGAAGGCGUAUGAGGAUACGAUUACGGCGUUCGCCAAUCCAGCCCUCCGAUACGAGGCGUUCGAUUUCCAUCGGGAGUGCCGCAAGCUGCGCUACGAUCGGGUGAGUCUGCUGAUGGACCGCAUUGCGGCCGCACAGGACGAGUUCGGUGUAUUCCACUGCACCGUGUACGAGGCGGGAACGCCGGCGAUGGUGCACUCGCUGCAGCGCGGUGUCUUCCGCACGAACUGCAUCGAUUGUCUCGAUCGGACGAACGUGGUGCAGAGUGAGCUCGCCAAGCGUAGCCUCGAGCAGACGCUCAUUAAGCUGCACGUGCUGGAUCGCGGUACAAAGCACAUCGAACCCAAGUCUAGCUUUGACAAUGUCUUUAAAGCGGUAUGGGCCGAUAAUGCCGAUCUGGUAUCGCUUCAGUACUCCGGCACCCGGGCCCUGAAGACGGACUUUACACGCAUAGGCAAGCGCACGGUCCAGGGUAUGCUGCGUGAUGGACGCAGCUCGCUCAUUCGCUAUUGCUACAAUAACUUCGCCGAUGGCGUGCGGCAAGAUGAGAUCGACUUCUUUCUCGGCACAUUCCGUGAACCAGGCGGUCGCCCCAUCUUCCCCAUCGUGCCUCGUCAACGUUCGCGCGCCAUGACCAUUCUCAUCUGCCUGACGCUACCGAUUGCCGUCGCCGUCAUGCUCAUCAUCUUCUCCAAGGAGUACACCAGCGAUGUCGUGAUUUUCUUUUUGUGUUGUAUGGCGCUGGCAGUGUUCAUCCUCUUCUACAUACGGAACAAUCCGCUCGAGUUCGUCGACUGGCCGCAGCUUGAUCGGUUGAAGCAGCUCUAAAGGGGGAUAUAAAGGGCAUUCUGAUCGGGCAUCGAUCAAUCGUUCCUUUUUUUCCUAUUGGUUUGUUCAUAGUUCUGUAUAAUUGUGCAUUCGAAGGUUAGCGUUAAGUACUGCUUCAGGUGCGAACAAUGACCUCAUGACCAAUAUUCCUUUUUUUUUUGUUUUACUUUCGUUUUAUUCAUUUAAUUGUUUUCCAACAACAUACGAUCAUGGUCAAAGCUAUGGUUUAGGUAACAAUCUUAUUCAUUUCCAUUGCUUAUGUUAGGAGGCCCUUGGAUGCUCAUUAUGAUUGCGAUACUAUAGCGCGAUAAUUUGUUUGUGCAAUCAAAUUGACCGCAAGUGUGCAACACUAUAAGAUUGUGCUAUAUAUUGUCAAUAUAAUUCACAACCUUUUAGCGUUGGCCACACACGUGCAAUAUAUGUUGAGCAAAUAGUGCAUGGAUGCGAAUACUGUGCAAUGAUAUUGGGCGACUAGGGGCUGCUUUAUACUUAUGAAUUUAAACCGGUGGUAGCAGUAGAAGGAUGGUAGCUCAGAUUGUGAGAGUUAGAGAAAUAGCACCGGAGAAGGACGGACAGGUAGAUGGAAACAAGGGCACUAUCAAUACCAGCGUUUCAACAUUUUCAACUUCCACAAUUGUUCGGGCAUUUUCCUCUCGUUUAUAUUAUUGCCGGGAGAUUAGGGUAGGAAGUCUCGGAGGAGAACAAAACAACAUAAGAGCAAUUAAUGCCUUUGCCAAACAAGCGAAAAUGAGCGGUUAGUAGAAUGUCAGGGCGCACGGUUCAUAUGGUCAUACAAGCAGUAGCAGCAUUCAAUAAAAAAGGUUCGAGUCACGCGCAUUCCGAUUCGCUGUGCACCAUCCA